AUGUCUGGGACCAUUUCCGAUAACGAGAUCAUCUCGAGGCUUCAGAAGCUGUCCAUAUCUCACCCAGAGGUCAUUGAGCACGCUCCAGUCAAAGGCGGAGCAGAGUGGAAAGCAGAGCUGGACAAAGUUGGACAUGGCUCCGUUGCAUUGACCAAGACGCUCCUGUUCAAGCCCAAGACAGCUAAGACUGCCGCUCCCACGCCCGUCCUCGUGAUCGCUCUCGAGUCCACAGAAACCCCUUCAUCUAUCCUUGGAAACCAUCUCAACCUCAAAGAACUCCGAUUGGCCUCUGAAGAUCUCAUCAAAGAAGUCAUCCCAUCCGCUCAAUCCAAAGACGAUGUCUCUUCCCUUGCUCUCCCUUCUAUUCCUUCCACAUUGCACGUCUGCCUUGACAGUGCGCUCGCAUCGUCUUCCGAGGCAUACGGUGUCCAUUUGACCAGUUCAAGCAAGACCGUACUCCUCAAAGGCACAGAUCUGAAAUCGUACCUUGAGAGCUUGACAAGUGGAGGCAACGUUCAAGUGGUAGACUUUGCCGCCCUCAAAGCGGCUGCUCCAGCUCCAAGCGCUCCUGCCUCAGCUUCCAAGCCCAACGCCGCUCCCGCUGCAGCUGCACGGACGCCAGCUGCAAAGAAAGAUGAAGACUUGUAUGAGAUGGCCAUUCAGUACAAGAAGGAAGAAGAUUUCCCAGGGUGGUAUGCAGAUGUCCUCAUCAAAGGACAAAUGCUCGACUACUACGAUGUCUCUGGAUGUUACAUCCUGCGACCGGGCUCGUACACUGUCUGGCAGUACAUUCAGAGCUGGUUCGACGAGGAAAUCAAGAAGCUUGGUGUACAAGAUUGCUAUUUCCCCAUGUUUGUCUCCAAAGCUAAGCUCGAGAAAGAGAAGGACCACAUUGAGGGCUUUGCGCCAGAGGUCGCUUGGGUCACCCGAGCUGGAAGCUCUGAAUUGGAGGAGCACAUUGCCAUUCGACCGACAUCCGAGACUGUCAUGUACCCAUACUACGCCAAAUGGAUCCAGAGUCACCGAGACCUUCCUUUGAGACUGAACCAAUGGAACUCGGUCGUCCGAUGGGAGUUCAAGAACCCUCAACCUUUCCUGCGAACCCGAGAAUUCCUAUGGCAAGAAGGACACACUGCCUUCCUCACCCGUCAAGAAGCCGCCGACGAAGUUAUGGAGAUCCUUGACCUCUACGCCAAGGUCUACACCGAUCUGCUCGCUGUGCCUGUGAUUCCCGGAAAGAAGUCUGAAAAGGAAAAGUUUGCCGGUGCAGACUACACCACCACGGUGGAAGGCUUUAUCCCGACCACUGGCCGAGGAAUCCAAGGAGGCACGUCGCACCACCUCGGACAAAACUUUUCCAGAAUGUUUGACAUUGUCGUCGAGAACCCAGAUCGAUCCGUCACGGAAAACGAUGGCAAGAUCCACGUCUACCAAAACUCUUGGGGUCUCUCCACCCGUACCCUCGGAGUCAUGGUCAUGGUCCACGGUGAUGAUCAAGGAUUGGUACUUCCUCCUCGAGUGGCGCUUCAGCAAGUCGUCAUUGUGCCUGUGGGUCUGAGCAAGACGGAAGGCAAGAAUGGGGAGAUCUACGACGCUUGCUCGAAAUUGGAAAAGACCUUGAUUGCCGGAGGUAUCAGAGCCAAGGCCGACUUGCGAGAAGGAUACACUCCAGGAUGGAAGUUCAACGAUUGGGAGAUGAGGGGAGUUCCUCUCCGACUCGAACUUGGACCUCGAGAUAUCGCUGCCAACUCUGCCUUGGCGGUCCGACGUGUCGACAACCACAAAGCGCCGAUGCCUCUUGACGGAAUCGCCGAAACUGUCAAGGCGUACCUUGAGGAUGUGCACGAGAGAAUGUACGAAAAGGCAAAGGCAAAGUAUGAUUCUUGUCUCAAGACGCUCAACAACUGGGAAGAUGUUGUCCCGACAUUGGACGCGAAGAAUGUCUUGGUCUUGCCGUGGUGUGAGGAAGAGGCAUGUGAGGACAUGAUCAAGGAGAAGAGCGCCAGCCAGGCCAACAAGGGCGUGGCUGAGGAUGCGAAAGCUCCUUCUGCGGGCGCUAAAUCGCUCUGUAUUCCCUUUGACCAGGAGAGGUUUGGACCCUUCCCGGAUGGCAAGGAUCAAAAAUGUAUUCAGUGUGGCAAACCUGCCAAGAGCUGGACAAUGUUCGGAAGGAAUGGAGUUCUCUCAGCAUGGUUCAAGUCGGUUCGAGUAUAG